GCCCGCUUCUCGCUGGAGUGCUCACCGAGCGGCCGUGGGUUCGCCGCUGCUGCAUUUCCCCGGUUGGCUGCGGUCACUGGUGCCAGUGCUCAGGCGCCCGCUGCCCUUGACCUCCCGCCCCGCGAGCCCUAACUCAGCGCAGGAGGACCGGCUGCCGCCGCCGCAGUCUCUGCAGGCUCUGAUGCUGGUGUCUUGUAGAAGAAGGUUGCUCACAGCUCUGCUGCAGGCUCAGAAGUGGCCCUUUCAACCCUCCAGAGACAUGAGACUAGUGCAGUUCCAGGCACCUCACCUGCUGGGGCCUCACUUGGGCCUGGAGACAGGGAAUGGUGGAGGGGUUAUCAACCUCAAUGCCUUUGACCCCACACUCCCGAAGACGAUGACACAGUUCCUAGAGCAGGGAGAGGCCACCCUCUCAGUGGCAAGAAGAGCCUUGGCUGCCCAGUUGCCAGUCCUACCACGGUCGGAGGUAACCUUCCUGGCUCCAGUCACACGGCCAGAUAAGGUGGUGUGUGUGGGCAUGAAUUAUGUGGACCACUGCAAAGAACAGAACGUGCCCGUGCCCAAGGAGCCCAUCAUCUUCAGCAAGUUUGCCAGCUCCAUCGUGGGGCCCUAUGAUGAGGUGGUCCUCCCACCACAGAGCCAGGAGGUAGAUUGGGAAGUGGAGCUGGCUGUGGUCAUUGGAAAGAAAAGCAAGCACAUCAAGGCCACAGAUGCCAUGGCCCACGUGGCCGGCUUCACUGUGGCUCAUGACGUGAGUGCUCGUGACUGGCUAACGAGACGCAAUGGGAAACAGUGGCUGCUGGGAAAAACCUUCGACACCUUCUGCCCUCUGGGCCCUGCCUUGGUGACCAAGGACAGUGUAGCAGAUCCACACAACUUAAAGAUCUGCUGCCGAGUGAACGGGGAAGUGGUCCAGAGCAGCAACACCAACCAGAUGGUAUUCAAGACAGAGGACCUGAUAGCCUGGGUCUCCCAGUUUGUCACCUUUUACCCAGGGGAUGUCAUCCUGACUGGGACUCCCCCAGGUGUUGGUGUAUUCAGGAAACCUCCUGUCUUUCUCAAGGUCUCUGAAGGUCCAGAUAGCACUGAUGGCGAGCUUUGGGUCCGCACACUCUGGAGAGGAGAGAAGUGAAGGCUCUAGGUAGGGAGGACAGGGAGCCACUGGGCACAGGCUUCUCUCCUCUUGUUUAAAGAAGCCCAGGGAGGGAUAGAGCUCAGACUGGACAGAAGACCCUCUGUACUCUGCAGCCCGCCUUCUUAGAGUUGGGUUGUUACUGUCCAGCAGGGGGCAGCAGCCACCAGCAAACACCCCUGCCUCUGGGAGCCUGGGCUGACUGAUUGGGACUCACCAAAGCUCCCUUCUUCCUGGGCGGUGGCCUGCAGGAACUGGAACAGCUGCUCUGUGUAGCCCGACUCUGCAGAAGAGAGAAGACCUAGACCUGGCGCCCAGCACAGACAGAGCCUGCCUCAAGGACUGCAAGGGAACAAGGGCCUCACCAGUAUCCGGCAGCUGGCCCUGGCGGAGGAAGGCGGCAGCCUGUGCAAAGGCCUUGAGCAGCGGGCUGAGCAGGCGGCAGAGGAAGAGAAAGAAAUCUGGGCAGUGUGACUGCUGGCUGAGCUGGAGGGGAAAGGCCGGGGUGAGUGCAGCUCCCCACCGCCUCCCUACCACCUCCCUCCAGGGGCAGCUUUUUGAAACACACCCUGAAGUACCGGCCCUCGGCCUCUUCGAAGUCAUCACUGUCACUAUCAGUAAAGUCCCCACUCAGUUUCCACAGCA